AUGGAGACUAGACGAACCGGAUUUCAAACUCAGACUGAGCCGCAUCCAACUGAAUUGGUUGAAGGAGGUUCCAUUGACAAGGAAGUGAGCAUUCAACAAAUUCGCAAUGCAAUCCCGAAUUAUUGCUUCCAACCAUCUCUAUUUUGGUCUACUUUCUAUCUCGUCAGAGAUUUGAUAUACUCGGGGAUUCUUCUCGGUGUCCUCCAUUACUCUCUCCAAGCCCAAUUUGUUCAAAGUUCUCCCAUCGCAUACUAUGCAGUGGUCAAUACCUAUGGAUUCUGCCAGGGCAUAGUAUGGACUGGGUUGUGGGUCAUUGCGCACGACUGUGGCCAUAGUUCAUUCUCGAAAUGGGGAGUCUUGAAUGAUAUUGUUGGCUUUACUCUUCACUCUAGCUUAUUGGCACCUUACUUUUCUUGGAAGUCCACACAUCGGCGUCAUCAUAUUUAUGCGAAUCAUAUGGAUAAGGAUCUCAACUACGUACCACCGCGUCGCGGCGAGUAUGCCGAAAAGAUUGGACUGGCAGUGGAGUUACUACAUGAAGCAGGUCAAGAUUCUCCCUUAGUUUUGUUGACUCGGAUCUUGAUCCAACAAAUCUUUGGGUGGAACUGGUAUCUGCUAUCUAACAUUACCUGUCCUCCUUCGGCGGUGCUCAAGCAAGGAAUGUCAGCCUGGCGUCACACUCACUUCGAUCCAUGGGGUGCCUUAUUCCGCGAUUCUGAAAAAUUGGCAAUUCUGAUGUCUGAUAUUGGCUGUCUCACUACACUUGCGGCUCUCUAUCAGUUUUAUCAAAGGAUUGGAUCUUUUGGAAUCGUAUUUUGGGUAUACGUUGUUCCUUGGAUGUGGUUGAAUCACUGGAUUGUCAUGAUCACUUAUCUUCACCAUACGCAUCCAUCUGUGCCAAAAUAUACAGCCAAAUCAUGGACUUUUCUACGUGGAGCAACGGCAACUGUCGAUCGUGAUUUUGGGAUUAUUGGAACUCACUUCUUCCACCAUAUUUCCACAGAUCAUGUCACCCACCAUCUCUUCUCACGCAUUCCACAUUAUUAUUGUGAAAGUGCAAGUCAAGCCCUUAUUCCUUUAUUGGGAAAACACUACCACGAACGACAGAAAUUCCGAUAUGAAGAUCUCAAAAUCUCAUUCAGAGAAUGUCAGUGGGUCGAAGAGAGCACCAGUCAAGAUAGAAUGUUUGGACUGCGCAGAGAGGGUGAGAUUACAGGUCCUUCUAACGAGGCACUUUGGUACCGUGGUGGAAAGAGCCCAGCGCCAGAGUUUAAGAUGAGAGGAUCUUCUGUGUUUUGGUCCAACAAUUAA